AUGCGCACAGCAAACCGCUUGGCCAUCUUGCAGGACGUGCGAAGACUGGCUCUCGUUGAGGAGGAGAUACCCACACCUGCAGAUGGAGAGGUACUGGUGCGCAUCACCCAUGCCGGGUUAUGCGGAUCGGACUUGCACUACUUUCGCCAUGGAGGCUUGGGGUCCUUCAAGACACCAAUGCCGAUGUAUAUGGGCCACGAGCCAGCUGGCGUCAUCGCAGAUGCCAACAAGUGUCCGGGCUGGGCAGUGGGAGACCGCGUAGCAGUGGUACCUAACUGCCCAUACCUUGGUUCGAAAAUGUCCAUGAAAGGAAAGCAGCACCUCUGUGAAUGCGGCACCUUCAUGGGUGCUGGGAAGACCCGGGGCUGCUUUGCGGACUUUGUGUGCGUCAGCGCAGUUCAGCUCGUGCGAGUUCCUUCGCAUGUGCCUCUCGAGUUGGCCAUGAUGACCGAGCCGCUCUCUGUGGCUAUGCAUUCGCUGAAGUUGAGUCAAACCGCGAUCUUGGACGCGGUGGAUGGCGAUGUUUGCAUCUUCGGUGCUGGUGCCAUCGGCCUGUGCCACCUGCUGUUAUUGAAGCACGUGGGAGCCCGAAGUGUGCACAUCGUGGAGCCCUUGGAAAGACGAAGGGAAGUCGCUCUCCGGCUUGGAGCCAGCAGCGCUCUCCCUAGCGAGGGCUGCGCUGCAGGGCUCAAGGCAAGACUGGGCAAAAGUGGCUGCGAGCUGGUCUUCGAUUGUGCUGGCACAGAGCAGAGCUUUCAGGCCGCCCUGCAGGUUGCUUCCAGCGCUGCUUUGGUCGUGCUCGUCGGGAUCCCGGAGGUGGACCACCUGCCCUACAAUCCGCAUGUGGCUCGCACGAAGGAGCUGACAAUCCUCAAUGUGCGCCGUGCCAACCAGACUUUGGCCACUUGCCUCGAGCUGCUCUCGACAUCAGCCCAGCUGCGGGAAGGCUGCCUCACGAUGCUAACGCACCAAAUGCCCCUUUCGAGCAUCCAGUCGGCAUUUGAGAUGGCAUCCUCAUACCAAGAUGGUGCGAUCAAGAUUGCAUUGUUCCCGGAAGUCAAAAGGCAUAGUUUGAAGCGUGUGGGCCUCAUCGGCGGGACUGCACACAGCGUGGAGUAUUUCAGGCAGCUUCAGGCAACUCAUGGGAUCGAGCUGGUCCUUGUUGCUGUGGAUGAGAUCGACUCAGCUGUGAAGUGGCCUCAUGUCGACGAGAACCGAAAAAAGCUGUCCGACCUCUGCAGCGAGCAGAAAGUGCGACAUCUGGAUUCAUUGACGGAGAUCCCGACUGGUGUGGAGGAGCUUGGCCUGGACUUGCUGAUAGAUGCCGGCUGCCAUCUGCAAGUCGAUGCGCCUCGUGCCAUCUUGUCCGAAGCAUUGGCGCCUCACGGCAUUCGCGUGACGACAGCGCUGGCACUGCCCUGCGCUUCAAUGGCGUGUGCCUUGCUCGGGGGCGGCCCCGUGGGCAUAACAAGCUUCAUUAACGAGGACACUUUGGUGGACAUCUGCGAAGUGCAAACGGAGAGCGCCUGCUCCGGAUGGGAGGCAAUAGAGACGCUAUCUGCAGCUGCUGCACGCCGUCUGCCGGGCUGGAUCCAAGCUCUGCAAACAGGUGACUAUGACAUGUCUAUGCUGGGCGUGUGGCGCUCUUCGCGAAGGUGCUGGAAAAAGCCAGGAGCCGCCGCGCCUGGCGUGCAUCCGAACGAGGGCUGGGUGUCCUGGCACUGGCGGAGCAGCUUCCUGCAACGCUUCGCGCGUUCUCAGCAACUGGAACCGCAUGCCCAAGCCACACGCCUCUGCCGGGAAGACGGCCAGGAGGUCAGAUUCACGGUGUUGCAGGUGCACCCCGUGGACACGUUCCUUACAGCCAGGGAUCGGCUGCAGCGCUUCGCAUCGGCUCUGCCCGGUGAGGUGCUUUGUGUGGAUGGAGACUGCGCGUGGGUCCGAGGUGCAGAUGCUGAAAUCCAGUGUCAGCUCUCCGACAAGCUGCGCAAAGGAGAGGUGUUACGAUCCAUCGGAGAUAGGGGUGCCCAUGGCAUUCCAAUCACCUUCUCCGGUGAGCUGUGGCUGCCAAGUCUGCCGACGAUCACUGAUGGCGUAUCAGUUUCGCGGACGCCACCUGAACGGCAUGCUGAAGGCGGUGUCGAGGCACGCUCCACACCCCGAAAUGUGCCAAUGUUCCGUUUGGACUUUGAGUCAGACUUUGUGGAUGCUUUUGCCGCCGGAGCACGAGACAUUCUUUGCAGUGGGCGGCCACUGAGCGAGAAUGUAUUCACCAGGAAGUUCGAGGCGGCUUUUUCCAAGUUGGUGCAUGCACCGUUUGCAUUGGCAACCACGUCUGGAACUGUAGCCCUGGACAUUGCCAUGCGAGCUGUUGGGGUCGCUGGCAAGGUCGCAGUUAUCCCCAGCAACACAUUUUUCGCCACUCAAGUAGCUGCCUCCAAUGCUGGGGCGGUCUUGGAAUGGGUUGAGAUUGAGCCAGAAUACAUGCAGGUUUGCCCGCGAAGCCUGGAAGCUGUGUUUAAAAGACAUGCGCCCGGGUCGAUCGCUGCCGUGGUUCUUGUGCACAUUGCCGGCAUUAUCUCUCCGCACUUCCGGAGAAUCAGAGAGCUCUGUGCCGCAAAUGGCGCGGCCUUGGUCGAGGAUGCGGCUCAUGCUCACACUGCCGUUUCGGACACAGAGCAUGCAGGGACCAUCGGAGAUGUUGCUGCCUUCUCCUUUUUUCCUACAAAGGUGAUGACAGCUGGUGAGGCGGGAAUGGUCACAACGAAAAACGAGGCUCUGUUCAAGAGGAUGCAGAGCAUCAAGGAGUUUGGGAAGGACAUCGAGGGCCCAAAGUCUCGCCUUGUACAAGUGCGUAAGGAUGCGACAAAUGGUCGUAUUUCCGAGUUUACAGGGCUACUUGGCUUCCUGGAGUGCGGUCGAGUGACGGCCAGAGUUGCACGCCGGAAUGCCUUGUUGAGGCGUUUCGCGCAAAGACUAGACGUCAGGUGCUACAGAGUUCUCCUGCAGCCAACCGGCGCCAGUGCCGCCUACAAGUGCGUCGUCUUCCUUCUCGACAAGGUGCACGGACGCAGAGAGGAGUUGCGCAGCUUCGCGCAGGAACGAGGUGUCAGUUUUACUGGCGAGGUCUAUUUCAGGCCUGUCCACCGCAUGCCUGCUUACGAGAGCGGUGAAGCAAUCCAUCUACCGAUCACCGAAGAUCUGUGUGAGAACCACGUUUGCCCACCGCUUUACCCGGAACUAAGCGACGAGGAUGUUGACUAUGUGUGCGACGUGAUGAACGCUUUCCUGCACGGUGUGCGCGCCGACAGCGAGCCAGUGCUGAAGAAGCCAAAGAUACACUUGCAAU